GACUACGAGGCAAAGUGGGGGGGGGGCAGACACAGCGUACACACACAGACAUACACACGGGGCCUAGUCGCCACAUCUUUUCAUGCGAAGAAGCGGCCGCAAAACCAGACGUUUUUGGGUUCCCCCAACGACUCCGGCCCGGGCCUCAGUCCGCGGUCUAGAGUACAGUAGCGGGCUGCUUGAGGUGGAAGCACGUUGGUGUGAAGCAGCCAGCCCCCACCUCCCAUCCCUCCCCCCACCCGUGCUCCAGACACCAACAUGGGAGACAGCAGAGAUUCUCGCAGUCCAGACAGUUCGUCUGUGUCGUCGCCCCCGUCAGGCCAACGCUCGCCUCCGCUGGUUCCCUCGGCUGCAGCUUCGAUGACCUCUCUUCCUCCCAUAACAACCACAGGGGUCAACAGUCCAGUCAGCAGCAUCGGCUCUCCGUUUUCUGUCAUCAGCUCGUCUAUGGGCUCACCGUGCCUCCCCGGCACACCGUCAGUGGGCUACGGCCCAAUCAGCAGCCCACAGAUAAACUCCACGGUGACCAUGUCUGGGCUCCACGCCGUGAGCAGCUCUGAUGAUGUGAAACCUCCGCUGGGCCUGAAGCAGCUCUCCUCCCACAGCCCCGGGCCCAUGUUGUCCCAGAAACGCCUGUGUUCCAUCUGUGGAGACAGAUCUUCUGGUAAGCACUACGGUGUCUACAGCUGCGAGGGCUGCAAAGGCUUCUUCAAGCGCACAGUUCGCAAAGAUCUGACCUACACGUGUCGGGACAACAAAGACUGCAUGGUGGACAAGAGACAGAGGAACCGCUGCCAGUACUGCCGCUACCAGAAGUGCCUGGCGAUGGGCAUGAAGAGGGAAGCUGUUCAGGAGGAGCGGCAGAGGAACAAGGAGCGGGAGGGGGAGGUGGAGUCCACCAGCGCGGUGAACGAGGAGAUGCCUGUGGAGAAGAUCCUGGAGGCUGAGAUGGCUGUGGAGCAAAAGACUGAACUUCAUGCAGACGGCAGUUCUGGAGGCAGCUCUCCCAACGAUCCUGUCACCAACAUCUGUCAGGCAGCAGACAAGCAGCUCUUCACUCUGGUGGAGUGGGCCAAGAGGAUCCCUCACUUCUCAGAGCUGCCCCUGGACGACCAGGUCAUCCUGCUGCGUGCAGGUUGGAAUGAACUCCUCAUCGCCUCCUUCUCUCAUCGCUCCAUCUCCGUGAAGGACGGCAUCUUACUGGCCACAGGUCUGCACGUUCACAGGAACAGCGCCCACAGCGCCGGAGUCGGAGCCAUCUUUGACAGGGCGCACAAUGCUGAGGUGGGGGCCAUAUUUGACAGGGUCCUGACGGAGCUCGUCAGUAAGAUGAGAGACAUGCAGAUGGACAAGACGGAGCUGGGCUGCCUCCGAGCCAUCAUCCUCUUCAACCCAGAUGCCAAGGGUCUGUCCAACCCCAGUGAGGUGGAGCUGCUGAGGGAGAGGGUGUACGCGUCUCUGGAGUCUUACUGCAAACAGAAGUAUCCAGACCAGCAGGGCAGGUUUGCGAAGCUCCUCCUCCGCCUCCCCGCUCUGCGCUCCAUCGGUCUGAAGUGUCUGGAGCACCUGUUCUUCUUCAAGCUGAUCGGGGACACGCCCAUCGACACCUUCCUGAUGGAGAUGCUGGAGGCUCCUCACCAGCUCACCUAGAGGAGCCCGCUCCAGACCUGCCUCCGGGCCCGGCCCGGCCCGGCCCGGCCCGGCCCACACACCAGGAACCCUGGGCACGCUGUGCCUCGUCGGGUCGCUGGGCCUCACUGAACUGCAGCACCUCCUGGUGUUAACUAAGGGGCUGCGCAACCACACACACACACACACACACACAGGUCUUAAGUCUAAUCCGACCUUCCUGCUCCGUCGUCUUCUUUUUGUUCUUUUUCUUCCUUGUGUUCCAGGUUAGACUUUCCUCUCUGUUGCCACCAGGGGUCGCUCUGUUACAUCUGUGUCUGACUUCACCCUCUGUCCUUUUAAUCACGUUUUGCUUUUAACUUGAAAAUCAGGUGCAUAAUUUCAAUCAUCUGCCUGUCCGCCACCAUGCAGCUCCUCCUCCUCCUCCUCCUCCUCCUCCUCUUCCUCUUCCUCCUCCUCCUACUCUCCUCCCAUUGGUCAGGAGGCGUCCUGUGGAGGACAGGCAGACAGACUCAACUCUCACAGAGCUUGAAAGAUUUGUUGUUGUUUUUAUUUUUCUGUUCUUGAAGUACUGUACUCAUGAAAUGAGACCUUUGUCCAAGGCAUUGAAAUCCAGGAAAAGGGGCGGAGACACUUUAGCCCCUCCCACCCUGAUGCGCACAGCGGGCUUUGUCAGACAAGAAGAAUGACUUGAAUUAUUGUUGUUGUUGUUGUUGCUGUUGUUGUUGUUGUUGUUGUUGUGAUUCUUUUGUUUUUAGUUCAGAUUUAGUUCUUUUCUCGUGGGUUGGCGUUCAAAGAGCCUGACGCUCGCAGGAAGUAGAGACGCUCGCAGGAAGUAGAGACGCUCGCAGGAAGUAGAGA